UUAAAUGUCAUUUUUAUUCCCUGUUUUAUAUUUCUGUAUAGCUGCUUGAGUCCAUGCCCAUUGAUAUAAGUGCAAUACAAAUAAGUGGAAUCGAAUUGAAUAGAAUUAAAUACACCUGGAGUGGGAUGUUCAACAUGCACAUAUACAGUAGGAAACCAUGAUACCAUGCAAUCAUAAUACUUUCCUUUCUAUAUACACUGUUUAUUUACUUCCUCUUCUUCGGUCCAUGACACUGGCAUCGCUCUCGAAACUGAACACACAUUAAAGUAUUAUAACUUAUUAUAAACAGUGGGGACACAAGGUAUUAAAUCUGUUUGAAAACUCAUUUGAUUCAUUUGUCCUGAGUUUUACAAUUCGUAAUUAAUUUAGACGAUGGGACAUCCUUUUAUCCAUAUUUAAAAUACUCUGCAUUCAUAAUUUCAGACUUUCAACCAAGAAAAAAAACACAGAGGCCCAAAUUCAGCGAGCGACAUCAAACCAAAAUGGCGGCUCAUGCAGGAAAAGUAAACAAAACAGUUGUGCUUACAUUUAAACGAGCUAUCAUUUACAUACAAGCGUUUUCUUUCGAUUAAUCAGUACAGACAGAUUCAUUCACAUGUUAAAUCUAUAACAGAUAUUUCAGGAUUAAAAUAUACAUCAGUCUUUAUACAUAUAUACAUACAAAAUAUACAUUCGUACUUUUUGAUGAUCUCUUUCAUCAGAACAUGUUUUAGAGGCAGUAAAAGCGCAGUAAAGCACUUACGUCACAAAACAAUAAAUUCAUUUUUAAAAAAAAUCUUUUUUUUAAGUAAAUGUGGGACAAAACAAAUAAAAAACAAUUGACAGUCUUUAGAGAUAAAAAAAAAUCCUUAAUGUUUUAAUUAAUUAUUACAUAUUAAAAUUUUAGGGUAUUUGCAGAGAUCGUGAGAAAACUAAGUCGGUAAAAUGACAAAACAAGAAAUAAAUAAUAAUAAUAAUAAUAAUAAUAAUAAUAAUAAUAAUAAUAAUAUUAAUAAUAAUAAUGUAUGGCGUCAUAGGACUUCGUACGUCUGUGUUUCUCCCCUUUAAAACUGGGGUUUUAAACUAGCAUGACAUAUCUUCCCAAUCCACUAGAGGGCGCCAUGACCUCAUUUAAUUGUACUCUGUAUCGAUAUCCAGAAAGAAACCUGACAUACAUGUGAAGCAAAGGAAAUAAAUGUCUUUGUGUAUUAAUUAUUAUCUUGUAUUGAUUAUUUUGAUGUUUUCCAGCCACUGGACUGUCACACAGUGUCAAAACCUUUACUUUUUAAACGUAUGAAGUGAGUAAUAAGAAGAGUUGAGUUGAGGCAGUUAUGUUAGCAGGAAAAACAUGACGUAAGUAGUUUAAUGGUGUGUGAAAUGCUGUUUUAAAUAAAGGCUGGGAAUUGAAAAAAAAAAUCUAACACCAGUCUCAAAACAAAUGACCCCCCCCAAAAAAAGUGAUCACUAAUACACUAAUUGGACAAAAGUAUGCGGACACCUGAAUAAUACCCCAUCUUUAGUUCUUCCCUAAACUCUUACCACCAAAUCUGAAGCCUACAAUUGUAUAAAAUGUCUUUGUAUGCUGUAGUAUUAUAAUUUCCCUUCAUUGGAUCUAAGACACUCAGACAUUAUUAAAGCAUGACAAUGCCCCUGUGCACAAAGCACAGAGCUCCAUAAAGACAUCAGUUCCACUGAACAGCUUUGGGAUGAACCAGGAACACCGACUGCACCCCAGACCUCCGUCAUCUUACAUCAGUGUCUGAUCUCACCAAUGCUGGUGUAACUGAAUAAUCACUAUGUGUGGAGCAGGAAAAACAUGAUGUGUAGCUUGUGAGUAGUUGUUUGUGAAAUGCUGUUUUAAAUAAAGGCUGGGAACUAAAAUAAAAAAUUAUCUCACACCUGUCUCAAAACAAAUGAUUGUAACCCUAAAGGAUUACACAACAAACAGGUAGGAGUGGCAAGGUUUGACUGACUUUACAGCCUGGUAAAGUAUGCAACCUGUAAGUAUGCAACCAAAACAUUGACAGACGAGUCACACAGGGUGGUGGCAGUGACAUGAGACUGCAAUCCUAAUGUCACUCAGGCUACGGUCAGACCACAGGCUGUAUGGAGUGCCAUGGCUGCAGACUCGGGUUGGAUGUCAGGCCACACUUCCUCCAUAGACAACACUAUUCUCUCCAUCCUCUUCCUCGUUGUCUACGUCAUACUCUACACACUCUGUAGCACCUGUUUCAGACAUUCAUUAAGCGUUACAUUUCAUCUAGUGAGACUCCAGAGUGUCCGGAGGAGAAAGAAAAUCCCUCAUCUCUCUCACUGAUGGUAAAUCUAGAAGAUCACUGGAGCACAAAUAGAACCACGAGCAACGUGGAUGCUAAAUCGGACAGUUAUUUCAGCCGGGAAACGACUCCCAGAAUUCUAGACACCCCUGAAUUCUCACUCAGAUCCACAGGUUCAAUGUCUCCAGAACUUCCUGCUCUGCCACCAAUUCCACCACUCUUCUAUUUCACCACAGCCCAACUGGAACCACCAAGGGUGUCUUCUUCUUCUUCUUUUUAUUCUUCUUCUUCAAGACAGCGACUAGAGACAGACAAAUCAGUGUGGGAGUGUGUGACUCCUCCACCUGAAGAUAUCAACAGUGUGUUUAUGGAGGCGGUCAGUGAGGAGCAUCCAUAUGAAUGUAUAGAUAAUGUAAGAGUCAAUGGACCUUCUCCCUGUGAUAAAGAUGUGGAGGAGCGAUGGGAGAGCGGAAGUCCCUACCACACGGUGGCGGAAUGGACAGAACCGAUCGCUACUCAUGACUCACCUACGCUCCUUCCUGUGACAGACUGCGAUAAAGCAGAGUUGAAAUUUAUUUUCCCGCCUCUCCCAGCCAUCCAUGAUGAAAAAAUGAACACAGACAGAACCGCAAUCUACGCAGAAGUGAACCUGAAAAACAAAAGUCGGAAAAGCACCGAAGAAGCUCCUGUUGUACAAGACACUGCGGUGCUGGAUGAGGACGAAGCACCGCCUCUUCCGUUCAAAUUGUUCGACUAGCAAAUAAAAACCGGACUUAUGUUAAUGUAUGUUAAUGUGUGAAUAUACCGUAUCUGCAAUAAAUAGAAACAAAUCCUU